CGUACGUCACUCUGGCCGACUUACGUGAGUAUGGCGGAGGCUUCCUCACAGCCUCGCUAUUUCUGUCACCGCUGUUCGGCCGAGAUUCUCCCCAGACUGCCGGAAUACACAUGUCCAAGAUGUGACUCUGGUUUUAUAGAAGAAUUACUCGAACAAACACCAAGAAAUGCUGAAAAUGGCUCGAAUUCAACAGCUUCCACAAGUGACCAGACUCGACAGUUAUUUGAGGGUUUAGACCAGCACCUACUUACCUUGCCGCAAGGAAGCUAUGGACAGUUUACAUUUGGUAUUUUGGAUGAUCCCUUUGAUCCCUUUUCCUUUGGAGCAAACCAAGCACCAGAUGAAAACAGAGACUCUGAAAACAGGAGGGAGCGGGAGCACCAGUCACGUCCACGAUAUAGUUCUAGGCAACCCCGAACACCCCGUUUCCCAUCACGGCGGCCUACAACACGGAACGAAGGAGUGCCAACUCUAGAAGGAAUUAUCCAGCAAUUGGUUAAUGGAAUCAUUGCACCCACAGCAGUGCCACAUUUAGGAUUGGGUCCAUGGGGUGUCUUGCACUCAAAUCCAAUGGAUUAUGCAUGGGGCGCCAAUGGUUUGGACACAAUCAUUACACAGUUGUUGAAUCAAUUUGAAAAUACUGGCCCACCUCCUGCAGACAAAGAGAAAAUCAAGACACUUCCCACAGUACAAAUAACAGAUGAACAUGUAGGUUCUGGUGUAGAAUGCCCUGUGUGUAAAGAAGACUACAGUGUUGGAGAAACAGUUAGGCAACUCCCAUGCAACCAUUUAUUUCACAAUGAUUGUAUAAUACCUUGGCUAGAAAUGCAUGACACUUGUCCAGUCUGUCGAAAAAGCUUAAGUGGACAAAACACAGCAACAAAUCCUCCUGAUGUAUCAAGGAUGAACUUUUCCUCUUCAUCAUCAUCCUCAGCCUCAAGUUCACCAAGUAAUGAGAAUUCAACAAACAAUUCCUGAAUUAUUUUUUAAAGACAGCGUCCAAGGCUACUGUUUUCAUAAUGCAACAGUGUUCUAUGACUACCGUGAUACAUUUUAUAAUUUAAAUUAUUGUAUUAUGCAUGGCACAAAGAAAGCCAGAGUAAAUAGAGGUUCUUAACCAAGGACUCUUUUCUAAAAAAAUGUCAACUCAAACAUGAAUACCCACCUUUUUUCCAUAGAUUUAUAGAUCUAACUUACGGGACCGAUUUAAAACAUUUAUUGACAAGCUGCUAUGUUUAUUUUAUUUCAUCUCACUGUGGGUCGACAAGCCCUGUGUGCACAUUGCUGUGAUCAUACUGCUGUGAAUUAUUUUAAGCAGUGGAAGAUUUCUGCUGUUACUUUGCAAACUUAUUUGAUGCUUUAACCAUUGUUAUGCCUUUUAAGGUUAACGCAGCUGUUGGAUCUCGUGGUAUUUUCAUUCAGUUUUAUAGUCCUUAACUUUGUUUUCUCAUACUAAAAACGGAUUAUUUUUUCGAAAGUAUCUUUUUUAUUGGAUAGCCAUUUUAUAGUUGCUGUAGAAGCCUCAGUGAGACCCAACAUUGUCCCAAUAGAAAGUGGGUUAUUGCUUGCUUCAAAUCAAAUCAAAGGGUGUAUGGGUCUGGAGAAUGAAAAUCUAUUGUAACACAUUGAAAUGGUGAUUGCGUAUCUGCUAAAAUGAUUUUUAACCAGUUCUCGCUGUCUUGAAAUCUGAGAAUAUUUGAAUCAUGGAAUAACUGCAGUGUCUCUGCUAACUUAUCUGAAAUGAUUUAAGGUGCAGUCGAAUAACAUUAAUUAAUCAGCGUCUGGCCUGUCGACCAUCUGUCACUUUGUGUAUAUACUAAAAAAAAUGGAAUGGCUUACUUUGUAACCAUGGGUUUCCUAGGAAGAUAUGAUAUCAGAAGAUAAGCCCAAUGGUAUGCUUGUCAGUAGGUAACACCACAAUGUGCAAGAAUGUGAUGCAAACAAAUACAGAGUAAACGUGCGGCAUUUGCGAAGUUUGUUAAUAUUGUAUCACCACCAACUGUAUACACGUCAUUGAACAAUUAUUACAAUUUUUAUAAAUGUAAUGACCAUUGCUAUCUGAGCAGCACAUCUAAGGCACCAAUGUUAUUGAUCAAUGACGCUAUAAGCUCCAGCUAUAAUCAUUAAAAUUAUAGAAAAUUGGAUAGUUUCAUUGACAGUUUUCAUAACAAAACCUGUAUACUUCAGUAAUACAUAGUCAAUUAAAUUUUCGUGUAUAUUUUGUAAGUAUCUAGGUGAUUUGAAGUGUCUGUGUUUUUAGUCGAGAAGGUUAUACAGUUAGUGUAAAGUAAGAUAAGAUUAAAGGGAAAUGUAUUGGUAAUUUACAAUUCUAUGCCUCUUAAACUUGUCUGCUGCUUAAUUAAAAUCAAUAUUGGGAGAAGCUCUAAAAUUUUUACCAUGCACUUUGAUGAUUCAGAUUGCAAGUCCCAAACUUACAACAGAAUCUUUUAGGGUAUCAGACUUCCACAAGAUGCACUUAUUUUUCAGUUUUGUAUUAGGGUAAGGAAGCAUCUGAGUGUGAAUGUUUAAGAUCCUUGAACAAAAAUACUGGGACCUAAAUGGUGAAACUUGGUAAAGGUGGCAAAAUUGUAUGAAAUUUUAAAUGGUCUUGUAGAGAAAUUUUUUUUUAAAUUUUGAUUAUAACAAAGCGGUAGUUUACAUAUAACCUGCACUUCACUGGGCAACCUUGAUAAACUUGCAACAUGUAUGUAUAAAUAUACAUAAAAACUGUGUAUAUGAAUAUAUGUGAAUACACCUGAUUAUUACUAAUUUAUUAUGUUUAAGAGCUUGACUCUCCAUUUCUGAGUUUUAAAGCGAUCUCUGGCGUCAGUGGGUUGGUCGGGGGGGGGUCUCUUUUCAGUAUGUAAAAGAAUUUUGUUUUUGGUAACCGCUGUGAGCAUAAAAGGAAGUUGUUUUCUUAAUUCAAAAUAAGUUUCGUGCCCACCCUUACCUUGCCAAAAAUAAACCCACGUUGCUUCUAUCAGUUUUCAUCUAGAAGGAUAAUAGGUGUUCUACACAAAUGGGGAAGGUCUCUAUCAGAUUUAAACAUUUCAUUUUUGAUUUGACUUUUGAAUUUUGCAUCAUUUCUGUUGCAUUACCCACUGACAAGUAUACCAAUGCAUAUCAACGGAUGAAUGUCUCUUUAGUAGGGAACAGAAAUAUAUGGUUACCCAGCAUCUGAAAGAUGUUUUUAACACCAUUGAAUCUUCUCUAGGUAGGUAUUUUGGGAAUAUAUUUAAAAUUUUUAUAUUCUGCAUUUGGUAUCUUUUGUUUGUAUCAUUGUAUCAUUGCAAUAUGGAACAUGAAACUGAAACUGUUUCCCUUAAGAUAUUGGGCGAGGUUUUAAGAUUUUUUAAAAAUGCAUUGCAAAAUGGCAUUGGGUUGGCUAUUUUAAGGAUGAUAUAAGUUAAAGCAAAAUAAAGACUUUUCCACUUUGUGUUCUUUCUUUCCUGAAGAAGAUGUUUUCUUUUCUCUUUGCCUUUUUAAUGUUCAGUGAAACAAAAAUGAUAAUGAACCCCAAUUAACUUACAUUACAGUGCAUUCCAACUUCUGCAGGUUGUCUUUAGCUACCUCCUUAAAUUCCAGGUUUCAUAUUGUUCUUAAGAUGCAACAUCUCAAUAAUAAAUGCAUUAAGUGUAGGUCUCUGCUUGAUCCUGAAUGUUAAGAGUGAUCUAGUGGGACUUGGAAGAGCUGAAGUUGUUCAAUUCAUGUAAGGAAAUACUCAUUUAUUCUGAAAUUUCUGAAGUGGAGGAAUUGUCUUCCAUUGGGGUUUAUUUUAGUGUUAAGAGGGUGUCAUAUGAAUUAUAUGAUUUCCUCCUAGAUAAUCAACAAGUAGACAUUACAAAGAUGUAAAAAUAUUUUUUAUCACAUCAUUUUGGGCAGAGAUCAAUUGUUAUCCACCUGCAUUAUGUGGCAGCCUACAUAUUGGUGCUCCUGACUCCUCUAGAAGGACAUCAGUUUGCAUGCUGCUUUAUAUAAUUGAAAUUGACAUUAAGACCCAAUAAGGUAAAUGGAUUUGUGGCUCAAUUGCCCAAAACCCUUUUUUUUUUAAAAGGCAUUCUUCAGUGAUUUGCAAUAUUUGAACUGAGAUGUAAUGAUAUUUAUUUCUUGUUUUCACUGCAUCGAUAUAUUUAAAGCUUUCCUUUGGAAGAAUCCCUGGAAUUUUGUUGCCUUUUUUAACUUUCCAUUUUAAAUCAUGAAGUGUUUUCUGUUGAAGUGCAUCACAUCUAUUUCAUGCAAAUGGAACUGUGGUUUAAUGCGAGGAGCUUCUGUAGGAAGUAAAGGGAAACCAGAAACUCUUCAAUUCUAUGAUCUGAUGGGUUGAACUGACUUGCUAGCAUUUUUACUGUAUAUGUAAAUAUCCACAGGCAAUGUAAGGGUGUUUUCAGGACUUGGAUGCAUUAAAUUAUCACUGAACUGUUAGCAAGUCCAGUACUCAACACUCCUGUUGCAGUGGAAGUAACUGCAAUGCUUGUAAAUAUAUUAUAAA